AGAGCUGUCUGGGGUGAGGCCGAUAUAUAACGACGGAUUCUUCCACUACUCGCACCUAAAAUAGAGCAGAAUUGUUUUCUCGGUGCAUAUACUACAGAAUAAAACGGUAGUUAAGUCUUAUGUAGAACUGAAGUUUUCCAAUGGUUGGAAAUUUUUGUCAAUAACUGAUAUUCUUGAUUAGUGAUGUUCUUCUAUCUGCUUCUUUCUUCUUUCUCGUCCGGUACGGUACCUUGUUAGAUGACCUACUUAGGUGACCUUGAUAGGCGCUUUCACAGGUUUAUAGAGUUGACGCGUCAUACAAAACCCUUCUGUUACCUUAGUGACAUUUUAGGAGAGUAAAACGAAAUCAAAGGUUUCGUGUCUUUUCGUUUUCUAAUUUCUAAGCGCUGGUUUUUUUUUUUUUUUUUUUUUUUUUUUUUUUUUUUUUUGUUGUGUAGACGUAGCAACCAUGGCUCUGAAGGAUAUUGUUGCCUUAUCAUUGGUGAUUGUCCUAGCGAUGGCAGACAGUGACCCGAGGGCAGCGUUUUGCCAGGAUAAGUGCGAUGAUUUUGAGGCGCUGGAGAGACGGUGCAUAGAAGAAAAGGGUAGGUCAUAAAAAAAGUUUGUUUUCUCCUCUUACCUGUUUGCAUUUCGUAAUCAUUGGCGUAGGUAGGGGGAGGUAGUGGCACUUUUUAAAUAUUGAAUAUGGAUUUUUUUUUUUUUAGCCAACUGGGGAGAUUUUUACUGGAAGCGGGGGUGGCAAAAAUCUUGGGGCGCGCUUGACGGCACUUGUGAACGGGAAAAAAAGUCACGGGGAGAAAAAAAUCAAAAAGUAGUAAGCGAUUGCGCAGAGAUUAAACUCUCGCCAAAAAGAGUUUUCAUUUGAUUCCUAUCUCUGAUCUCCCCGACACAUCACACAUAAUAAAGGAAACAGAGGAAUGCACUUUGAAAAUAGUUUAGCUGUGACACUACCCAGACAAAACAUCAAUGACAUCAAUGUGGUCAAUGCAGCGUUGGGCAGAAAGGUUUUUUUUAAAAUCCAUUUGUUACCAAAUCUUGUCAGAAUUUAAUGUGUGCUGCUCCGACUGUUCGCAUAAAAAUAAUUUUAAAUGAUUUUUUUAAAAACUAUUUUUUUUACAUUCAAUCUUAUCUAUUAAUCUAUUUAAGUGAUACUCAUAAAAGCAUAUACAAAAUAAAUAAUUGUGUAAAUGCGUCUGAUUUUCAUACUUUGUUAUUUCCUUCCAAUCACUUUUCUCCCUGUGAAUUUUGGUUCCAUUUACUGGUAUUUUAUUUUACCAUAAACAUUUACUUACAUAGACUGACUAAUAAAAUUACGGUUCACAAAAAGUUUUUCUGUGACCUGUUUAGCGACUUUUUUCCUGUGACUUUUUUCUGCGUCUGUUUUCCCUGUGACUAUUUUUCUGUGUCUGUUUUUCCGGUGACUGUUUUUCCCACAGUCGAUGGCACCAACCCUUGCUACGUCCCUGGCUUUAGCCCUUGGCUACCAUGAGAUAUGAAAUUGUAAAUCAUUGUCAAUGAUCAAAGAUAUCAUCGUUGAGUUUUGUCUGACGUAGUACCCCAGUUGCACAGAGCAACAUAGAAAACUCACACUCAAAAAGAGAGGAGUCAAAUAUAUAAGUUCAUGUUUUAAUGUGAAGUAAAUAAAUAUGUUUAGUAUUGAAAAACAAGACAUAACAAAGAAAUGCCUUCUUCGGCAGAUAAUACAAAAUAAUAAGUAACAAUUUUAAAAAAAAAAUUAAAUAGGCCUACUUCAGUGUUCACACAUCACAAUGUAUUUCUUCUUCUCUUAAAUCAAUCAAAUUCUUUCUUACUAGUGGUCCUCAAUUUCUCUCCGAUUCUUAUUCUCUUUUUUUUUUUUUUUUGGUAGUUUAAAAUAUUACAUUUACAUUAAAAAUACUUAAAUUUUUUACCUUAACGGUACGCUCCACAGAAUUAUGUGACAGGAAGGUUUAGGUUCUUGAACAACGUCACUUCCGUUUUUAUAGUAUAAAUCAAUCAAAUUCUUUCUUACUAGUGGUCCUCAAUUUCUCUCCGAUUCUUAUUCUCUUUUUUUUUUUUUUUUUGGUAGUUUAAAAUAUUACAUUUACAUUAAAAAUACUUAAAUCUUUUACCUUAACGGUACGCUCCACAGAAUUAUGUGACAGGAAGGUUUAGGUUCUUGAACAACGUCACUUCCGUUUUUAUAGUAAUUAUAUAUAGCGCGCCUUUUUGUUUCUACACUAAGACCGAGGCAGCUACAUUGUAGAAUUAAAGUUUUUAGUGUUAAAAGAAACGUCCUUUGAAUUUUGCAGUCCUUUUUUUUUCUCUGUUUCCAAGCCAAAACAUAUCGUGUUCCAUUAUUAUAUUAUUGACUUCACGCAGCUUGAACGCAGGCAGUCCACCAUAUGUCAUGUUAUCCUUUUAAAUGUGAAUACACCUGAACAAAAAUCCUAUCAGUAUUAGAAAUAAUUUGUUGAUAAAUUAUAGACACCGAAGGAAAUAACGGAUGGAAAUGUAUUUGACCGGCGAGUUGUUGGAAAAGUUAACUCAUGGGGGGGGGAGGGGGGGAGCUUGAGGGGGUUGGAGGUUUAAAGGGAGCAGGUGGGAUUUAGGGGAUAAGGGAACGUUUCAUGAAGGCUGGAAGAUGGUUUAUUGAUACUAAUGUGUAGCAUUGUUAGCUUUUUCCAUACACAUUUUUAAUAUUAGGCCUAUAGGUCAAAUUGUACAUACUUUAUGCUAAUCAUUGGGUCACCCUCUUUGUAACCUACAGACUGCUAUGAGUCGGGUUUCAAUGACGACACAGUCACGUGCCUGGAAGAAUGCUGGCCUGUUGCCGCCCCGUGUCGGAAAGCGUGCUUUGAUUCGUUCGACACGUGCGGUGACCAGUGUCCAACCUACGGGAACAGCUGUUUUGAAGAUUGCUUCCAAAAAACGUUCACUGCCCUGAGACCGGAACUACCAGAUCGAUGGUGACGGACACAGGGAAGCGUGUGGUUCCCCGCAGUUAAAACGAAAAUAACGAAUCCAUUUUAUUUUGAGUAUUUCGUUUAAAACGUGUCACUUUAUUCAGAAGGGGAAUAAACCUUUAAGCACGAUUGCGUACAUAUUUUUUGGUCGAUGGUUCUCAGACAAUACAAAUAGCCCAAUUUGAUUUUGUUGUAAAAUCUCUGUCCUUCUUGCGUUCGACAACAAAAUAUGAUUAAAAUAAUUACAGUCGUGUAUCAAUCAAAUGAUUAUCUUUAUGCAUCAAAUAAAAUUUAAAUGUGUCAUUUUGUUUAGAAAUGAAAAUUAAUUGUGUUUAGUUUCUUUAUAUUCUGUUUUUUUUUUCCACCCUCAAUAAAUUUUAUUAGUGAUGGCAUUUUUUGUGUUUAAAGAUUAACGAUCAGUCUGAGGCAGGGGUCGGCAAAUCGUGGUGUGCCCUGUCGGCCACAAAUCGGUUUUGACUCCG